AAAAGUUCCUACGUUGACACUCUGGAGAACGUCAUUUUCUUUCUCCUCUUAUUUUCUUUUUAUAAAAGUUUAGAAUUUUGGUUCGUGGUUUAGUGACAAUUCUCCACUUGUGCACUUGACGUUCUAUCUCGCCGACGGGGAGUAGCGUAGGCGCCGUGUCGUCCUAUCAGCCACCGUCGCCGCCGCUGUCGUCGUCGUCGUCGUCGUCGUAAUCGUCAUCUUCCCGGUGACGGAUUCAAGAUGGCUGCGGAACAUCGUAGCGGAGAACGUCUCGGCAGCGUCGGCGCAUACGCGUGAUUCUUUCGCUUCUUUUUUUAUUCCCCUUUUUUCCCGACAUCCGCGAUAAUCCGUCCGUCGUCGUGUCCUUCGGCGUCGACUCGACCUUACCGAGGCCGCCCGUCCUCACUCCCCUCCCCCCCCCCUGCCCACGACGGCGCCGCUGAAGGAGAGCCGCGAAAAAAAUGGCGUUCGGCGACAGUAGCUGAUUCCAGCGAGCGCCUCCGAUGUCGGCGAGGAGGAGGAGAAGGAGGAUGACAUUCCCUCAAAUUCUCCGGCGUUCUCGCCCCUAACCGACGUGAGAAUCAACUGGCGAUUGUCAAUAUGACUCCUCAAUUGGAUCGGAAGCGUGGCUCGUCUGUCAGCUUUACCCGAACAAAGAAUGAUAGUGAAGAUGCCGAGGAUGAGAUUCACAUAUCUCUGGCACCUUACAUACAAACAUAUCUGGCGCACAGUAGCCAGGGAUUGGGAUGCUGCGGUAUCAGUAUACCUGUGCCGUUUGAGCGUGCAGCACCGCGAUCUUGGUGGAAUCCUAGAUUUGAUUCGGAAAUCCUCGAGGAACAGUUUAAGAGAAGUGCCUUUCCUCAAAUUAGAUUAAGAUUUCGGUACGCUCUCACGUAUAUCUUGCUAGUGUCCUUGUCGUGGCUGACGUACUUUGUUAUAAUCGGGGUAGAGAACGAUACAUCGACAUGGGCGGCAAUAGCGGGUGUUUUCAGUAUCGUCGGUGUUAUGGUCUCGGCUGUUCUUUAUUUAACGCAUACAGACUACUACAAAUCCUACGUAUUACCAACUUCUUUGGGAGUUGCGUCAACGCUCUGUUUCCUGUCUUUGCUCUUCCUCGCCUUGGUGCCGCCUCACGUGGACGGACUGACUUUAGUCGGACACUUUGCCUUGUGUUCCGAAAUCUUAUUAGUAAUUUAUACGGUGCUGCCGAUGCCACUCUACGCCUGCGUGGGAAUAUCCACGCUGUACUCAUUCAUGUUUGAGUUCCUGACUGCCUAUUUAUAUGGCUCGAUGGAUACGCAACAGAGAUUUUACACGACCGAACGAAUUGUACAAAAUAAUACUUCAGGAGUUAACAGUAUGUCGGCGGAGGAAGAGAGAACAUUGGUACUUACGCAAUCGUCUGUAAAAGAUCCUUUAAUUGUUGCUGGUCUACAGAAUGUGAUACGUAAUAUUAGUAAUUUUACUACAGCAAUUGGUACAGAGGCGAUGUCGAGAUUGCGCGAAGGCAGAGAUACAAUGAAUGUGGGAUCGAGAUAUUCGGAAACGGCGGCUCAACGAUUACACAAUGCUCUAAACGACACGAAUGUCUUAACGAGAUUAAAUUUUAGCGCUCCAGCCAUGUUAACUGCUAUCAAUUCCACCGUAAAUUUAUCGCCUGCAGAUUAUGCUCACGAUAACUUAUUCGCUAAUGAUGUUGACUUCUCCACGAAUCUCGCAAUAAGGAUCUUGAUGCAGAUUUGUAUUCAUUUGAUAGGCGUGCAUAUUUUGAUAAUGACUUUCGUAAGAAUGCGCGGUACUUUUAUGAAGGUUGGUCAAUCCCUGCUGGUCCGGCGGCAGCUGGAAAUGGAAAAACAACUGAAAGAAAAAAUGAUACACUCCGUUAUGCCGCCGAAGGUCGCGGAUUGGCUUAUGGAGGAGAGCGAACGCGAGAGAGAGCGGGAAGACUCUCUGAAAAAGGGCUCGAUACCGUCCAAUAAUACGGAUAUUCGUUCGUUGUUCCGCCCGUUCAACAUGCAUUCGAUGGAGGACGUCAGUAUCUUGUUCGCCGACAUUGUUGGAUUUACUAGGAUGAGCUCAAACAAGACUGCGGAGGAAUUGGUAGGCAUUCUGAAUGAUCUGUUCGAACGUUUUGACGACCUGUGCGAACAUCACGGAUGCGAGAAGAUCUCUACGUUGGGAGAUUGCUACUAUUGUGUAAGCGGAUGCCCAGAACCAAGGUCCGAUCAUGCGAAAUGUUGCAUAGAAAUGGGAUUAGCCAUGAUUGAAGCUAUCAAACAAUUCGACAUCGAGAGACGCGAGGGUGUGAACAUGAGAGUGGGUGUGCACACUGGGACCGUACUCUGCGGAAUUGUAGGCACUAAGAGAUUCAAAUUCGAUGUUUGGUCGAAUGACGUGACUUUGGCGAAUAAGUUGGAGAGCACGGGAAAACCUGGCCGUGUACAUUUGAGUGAAAAUACUUUGAGAUUUCUGGGAGAUCAAUAUGUUACAGAGAAUGGAGAAAUACUCAACGGUGUUAAAACUUAUUUUAUUAGAGCCCGUAAGUCAGACUUCAUGAAUCAAUUUAUUACGAACGUCACGUCACCCAAGAGUAUUUCACCAUUGAUGCAAUCGCGAAAUCGUCUAGCAUCAUGCAACAAUCAGAUCAAACCGCGUCAUCAUUAUCUCCAUAUGGUUACGAACGCGAGCAAUUACAGGAUGAAGGCCAAUUCCCUGCCCAGUAUCUUAGAUUCUGAGAAUGACGGUGACAACGUGGACGAGAAAGAGGAUUCGAACAAGAGCCCAACAUCGACCGCUAGCUAUGGCAAGAAGAAAGUGCGAAAUAAGCCAUGGAGGUAUCUGCAAAGACAACGCACAACUGAGGAAAUGACACCUCUGGAGAUAGAAGAGGGAAGAAAUAUCGCUAUGGAACGAGCGAAACCCGAUAUUCAGACCUAUGAAGAAUGCAAUGGAUUUAGACGGGUUCCUCUGAAUAACAGCGUUGAAAUGGACCCGAAUCCUGUACCUUCUAGUCCUUUAUUAUCUGGUCAAGAGCCGAUUAGUAACGCUUCUUCCAUUUGCAGUAGAAAAGACUCCGGUAUCAAGAGCAAUAGCAGACGAAGUAGCAUACAACAGCAGUUGUUCCUAAUGAAUGGCAUGGCUCAAGGUGAUCUAUUGGGACAUAGAGUCAGUGGCUAUUAUACUUCUAGUUCAACGUUGAACUCCACUCACGAACCUUCUUCGUCGGUGCCCCCUUAUCCGUUUCCUCCGAUGGUAACUGAUACAUUUGGUGCGUGCUUUCAUAAAUUACGGAAGCAGUCUGAUCUCCAGUUAAUUAGGUGUGUCCAAGACAACGUGAGCUCUCAGCGCUCAUAUUUUGUCAAACCACCACUGUCAAGCGUCACUCUCUUCUUUAAAAACAAGGAAAUGGAAAAGGAGUACCGAGAGAACGCGCACAAGACCAGCGAGGGCAUUGGCGAUAAUCCACCUACUCUGGCCACCUCGAGAUUCAACACUUACUUCGACAUUUUGAUAUCUGCCCUGGUUUACACGGCCAUCACGAUCUCGUUGUUCCUUCUGUGUAAACCGACGAUUCACUAUACGGUGUUCUCUGUGCUCGCCAUUACUGUUCAAGUGAUUGCGGUGUCGCUCUGCAUCCGGCAGCUCCUCUAUCCGAAUACAGCUCAUGCGACGUUUACGCAGCAAAUCUUCAGAUUUUUCUCCCGAUGGUAUCCAUGGCAUGUGUGCGGCGCGGUCUUGGUUGGUCUACCGAUCAUUUCCAUCUUGCUGAAUUUCACGUGCAACAGCUUUCGGAGCUUGAGCAACUUCGAGUACUACUACAGCUACUUGAUCUUCGUCGGAUUAGUACACUUCUGUAAUUUCACGCAGCUCAACUGUUGGAUGAAAAAUCUAUUAGUUACCCUUACCGGUAUACUAUUCAUAUGUCUUGUGGUGAGUCAUAUAUCACCGUAUCAAGAGAAUCUCAGUAGUAAUAAUAGUAGUAGUGGCAACAGUCAUAUCAACGAUUCGCAAUUGACGCAAUUUGUUUCGCUGCGUCCAAAUUUUCUCAAAUCGCCGGUGAGAGAAUUGUACGGUGAGAACUUUUCAAACAAUACAAGAGACCUCGCCGCUGUCGCUUCAACAAGAACACUAUCACCAUCGGUCGCAAAAUAUACAGGAGAACAAAAAGCGUCACAUAUGACUCAUGGAAUACCUUAUACCAAGUAUAACGAGAGAUUGUACAAUUCGGAAAUAUAUCUGGAUAUUGUAUUGCUAUUGCUGCUAGUCUGGUUUCUGAAUCGCGAGUUUGAGAUCAGUUAUCGAUUGUGCUUUCACGGCAACGCGGUGGCAGCGCGCGACAAGACGCGCGUGCAAUCAAUGAAGAAUCAAGCUGAUUGGUUGUUGCACAAUAUUAUACCUAAACACGUAGCCGAUCAAUUGAAGACUACCGCGAAAUACUCACAGAAUCAUAAAUCCGUGGGCAUUAUCUUCGCCAGUAUCGUUAACUUCAACGAGCUGUACGAUGAAUCGUAUUUGGGUGGUAAGGAGUAUCUUCGCGUGCUCAAUGAGCUUAUAGGCGAUUUUGACGAGUUGCUAGAGAGGUCAGAGUACGCGAACGUCGAGAAGAUCAAGACAAUCGGUAGCACCUUCAUGGCUGCGAGCGGCCUGAAUCCGCAGGUGCGGGAGCAGAGUGAGCAUGAGUACACGCAUCUGUUCCAAUUGGUGGACUUUGCCGUAGCAAUGCACAAAGUGAUAUUUGAUUUUAAUCGGGACCUGUUGGGUUUCAAGCUGAUUCUACGAGUUGGCUUCAACUUCGGUGAUGUCACGGCUGGCGUGAUCGGCGCUACCAAGCUGUACUACGACAUCUGGGGCGACGCGGUCAACAUAGCGUCGCGAAUGGACUCCACUGGGGUUGCCGGUAGGAUACAGAUAGCUAGCAAUUGUUUGAACGUCUUAUCGGAACGAUAUGAAUUUGAACCGCGUGGUCAGGUAUACGUCAAGGGAAAAGACAAUAUGGAUGUGUUCCUGUUAAUAGGAAAGAAGAAGGAGGCUGAUAUGACUGGCACUUGAAGAGCCAGCGACGAUUAUGUCAGUUAUUUUCCUAUACGACUAUCAUAUGUCGAUAAUCUGAUGCUAUUUGUGGCCUGCAGCAAUCGUAAUAAUUAGAUUAGAUCUGUCCGUUAGUAUUUGGAUAUUUUUUCAUAAUUUAACAAUUUUAUAAUUUGAGUUUUCAGAUAGUAGAUGAACUGCAUUCGACAGCGACAUCUACAUUUUAUUAUUAAAAUACAAAGAGAACAAAAACUUCUCCUCUUUUUACAUAUUGAUAAAUAUUUGAUAAAAAUAAAAUUAAAUAUGAAUGAAAAUCAAAGAGAGAAGAGAAGUAGAUUUAUGAUGAGAGUUAUAAAUACUUCACUGCUCGGUUCGUAUGCUAUCCCAAAAUUCAAAUUUUUUACUGUAAGACUGAAAAAUGUUCCGAUAUUAAUGGACAAAUCUAACUAUUAACUCAUACAAUCGCUGAUUAGUCAUGUCAUUGAUUAAAGAGAGCAUGUGUAUACGAAAUGAGUAAAAGAGAAAGCAAACGAAACGAAAUAGUAUAUCUUUUCUGCAAAGCAUGCACAGCAAGCAUCACGAACACUGUUGGAAAAAAAAGAUGUUACAAUACGCCUUAUUCGUUGACUGCUCAAACGCUAUUUGCGAGAGAUAUUUAUUAACGAGAGAUAUUAUUGUAUUUUUGUAAAAAUAUCAAAUGAUGUCUAAUGAGAAAAAGAUAUAUCAUGGGAAAUUAUCCAAGAUCUGCCUUUGUCUCGAGUACAAAACUGAAUCGGUGGCGAAGGAAUCUUUUUAGAAGCGUUUUACGUUAUCAAGCAUCGAAAUGGUAAUUAUUUGUGUAUAUGUACAUAUAUAUAUAGUAUAAUAUAUAGAUGCCACGAAUAAUUUUUUUGCACGAAUAUAUAUGUAUACUUGAACGUCGAACCUGAAAUGCAACUGAUGUCUAUAUUUCCCAAAUCGAGUUACGAAAAAAGAAUUAUCUUUCUCGUUCGAGUGAAUGCUCGCAGUGAAAUGCUCAUGCGAUACUGGAGAAAAGUUAAUACGUGGCAUCCUAUCCUAUUCGAUAUUCUAAGAGCAACAGCGAAGUGCGUCCGACGUGAUAAAAGUUCAACGAAACUCGAAUACCCCGUUAAUUAUUGAGUUAAAUAAAUUUUUGAAAGUAAUAUUUAAAAAAUAUGAAUUUACACCAUGUCUUGUCUUCCUGUCUGAUAUUGUGAAUUGUGACACGUCACGUACAAGACGAAUAUACAAAGCGUUAUAGGCGUCGCUUGAAGCUUGUUCUAUGUACAACAGAUAGAAACGAAUAACGAAAUUUUUACCUUAGAAAUUUUUAUCUUAGAUUAUGAACGGACGAAAAAUGAUUCUACCAAAGAUCAAUAACUAAUGAUUCAGGCCGCGGAUGUGUGCAUAUGUAAGCGUAGAAUAUGCUUAAAAUUUGUUGUAGAAUACGCGUGUAUGGGAAAAAAUAAAAUCGCACAUUCCAAACGUAGCUUGCGACAAGCGUGUUCGCGGACACAAAUUGACGAUAAAUGCUCACGAUAAAGUGUUCCUUGUCGUUAAAUAAACAUCUCUGGUAUAUCGGGACGUAAAACUGCUACGUUGGAUUCCAAAGAGUAUCUGGCUGCAUUUUUUUUUAAUCUCAACGAUAAGUGACAUCGCAUUCGAUGGGAUUUAUGCUCUAUAGAUAGUGUGUGCGUGUAUGUGUAUAUGUGUAUAUGUCCGCGUGUAUGCGUGUGUAUUUACAUCUAUGUUUAUAUUUAUAUAUGUAUAGACUUUUGAGGAUUUAUCCGAAAGAUUUAAUGUUAAUGCAAGAAGCUGUUUGCGUUUAUGUAAAUGAUAUGCAGUGCAAGCAAUAUGCGUUAAACGGUCUGGAUCAUAACUGACGUUGUAUAUUCUGCAUAUGCUUGUAUUGACAUAGGAAUUUUAAUUGUGGUUUUUAUAAGCGGCAUUUAACUCAACGGAAAUAUUUGUUCCACGUGAAAGUAAUAAUGUCAAUAAUUGUAUAAUAAAGAACGGAUCUGAAUGUCGGUUCCUGUAAAUAUAUGUUAUAACAUAUUUAUGAUUUGUGUAUAAAAUAAUUCUUUUGGAUAUAAUUUCUUUGGAGGAAGAAAUUUGAAAGAGAGAUGCGAUAUUAUGAUGUAUCGCUUUGAUUUCGCGUACCACAAGGCUUACGCAAAUCAUUUCUAUGAUUAUAGUCAAUUAUAAAAGAUUUUGAGUUUGAAUACGAGCGAGGUACCGGCUCGUAUCACGAAAGCGUGUGCUUGAAAACACGAUCUAUAAUGUUCGACAUUAACAUCAAGAAGCGCGGUCGCGUCUCGCGCCUAUGUUGUUUUUCUCUGAAUGAACGAAGCGAAAGAGACCGAUAUGUUAUACUCGCCGAUCUGUAGGACAACAGAAGGGAUACACGUUACAGUUAUCAAAUAAAAUGUAUAUAUAUUUAUCGAGUGUACACAAAAGUUUUACGGAGAAGGCAGAGAGAGACUUCAGGCUAUAUAGAUGUACAUAUAAUUAUUGUCAAUACAAUUUCUUUAUUACAAUAUAUUAUAUACAAGAUUA